AAUAUGAGUCGUGGCUGGAAAUCGUUCGUGUCCCCCUUCAUCACCACCUCUACGGGGCUCCAGGAAGCGUCUCCAGCCCAGAUCGACACCGCCUCCCCCUUCUCCCCACACCGCCGCGCGAUCCCAUCUGACGCCGCCCCGGCCGACGACCCCAGCACGCCGGCCGCCAUGGCGCACGGCGACCGCAUGACCACCUUCGAGGAGGGCGAGCGCGAGAGCGAGUACGGCUACGUCCGCAAGGUCUCUGGGCCCGUGGUCGUGGCUGAUGGCAUGGGCGGUGCCGCCAUGUACGAGCUCGUCCGUGUCGGCCACGACAGCCUCAUCGGCGAAAUCAUCCGUCUCGAGGGCGAUUCAGCUACAAUUCAAGUUUACGAGGAAACAGCUGGGCUAACUGUCAACGAUCCCGUGUUGAGAACGAAAAAGCCUCUUUCAUGUGAGUUGGGACCUGGUAUUCUUGGAAACAUCUUUGAUGGAAUCCAGCGCCCUCUGAAAACUAUUGCUAUUAAGUCUGGAGAUGUCUACAUUCCACGUGGUGUUUCAGUCCCCGCUCUUGAUAAAGAUCAGCAGUGGGAGUUCCAGCCAAAUAAGCUAGGUGUUGGAGAUAAUAUCACAAAUGGAGAUCUAUACGCUACCGUAUUUGAGAACACAUUGAUGAAGCACCAUAUCGCGCUCCCUCCUGGUGCUAUGGGAAAGAUAAGUUACAUUGCCCCUGCGGGUCAGUACAGUCUGCAGGACACAGUGCUGGAAUUGGAGUUUCAGGGCAUCAAAAAGGAGUUCACUAUGCUCCACACAUGGCCUGUGCGGACACCACGGCCUGUUGCGUCAAAACUUGCUGCUGACACGCCUCUUCUAACAGGACAGCGUGUACUUGACGCACUGUUUCCCUCGGUGCUUGGAGGAACAUGUGCUAUUCCUGGAGCUUUCGGUUGUGGAAAAACUGUCAUUAGUCAGGCGCUCUCAAAGUAUUCCAAUUCCGACACUGUGGUUUAUGUGGGCUGUGGAGAAAGAGGAAAUGAGAUGGCUGAGGUCCUUAUGGACUUCCCGCAAUUGACAAUGACGUUGCCUGAUGGACGUGAAGAGUCAGUCAUGAAAAGAACAACGCUUGUGGCUAACACCUCCAACAUGCCUGUCGCCGCUCGUGAAGCCUCCAUUUAUACAGGAAUUACUAUUGCUGAAUACUUCCGUGACAUGGGCUACAAUGUUAGUAUGAUGGCUGAUUCCACGUCCAGGUGGGCCGAAGCAUUGCGUGAAAUUUCAGGACGUUUGGCUGAAAUGCCUGCGGAUAGUGGUUACCCCGCAUAUUUGGCUUCACGGUUGGCAUCCUUCUAUGAACGUGCUGGGAAGGUGCAAUGUCUUGGCAGUCCAGACCGGACAGGCAGUGUCACAAUUGUUGGCGCCGUCUCUCCUCCUGGAGGAGAUUUUUCAGAUCCUGUUACCUCUGCAACCCUCAGUAUUGUGCAGGUCUUCUGGGGACUGGAUAAGAAGCUGGCUCAAAGAAAGCAUUUCCCAUCUGUUAAUUGGCUCAUUUCUUACUCAAAAUACUCCACGGCUUUGGAAGGAUACUAUGAAAAGUUUGAUCCUGGCUUUAUUGACAUGAGAACAAAAGCUCGUGAAGUGUUGCAGAGAGAGGAUGACCUAAACGAAAUUGUCCAGCUUGUUGGUAAAGAUGCACUGGGAGAAUCUGACAAGAUUACUUUGGAGACAGCCAAGCUUCUGAGGGAAGAUUAUUUGGCACAGAAUGCUUUUACCCCAUAUGACAAGUAUUGUCCAUUCUACAAAUCUGUCUGGAUGAUGCGCAACAUUAUUCAUUUCAAUACAUUAGCGAAUCAGGCCGUGGAGCGAGCAGCCAAUGCUGAUGGACACAAGAUAACCUACGCCGUCGUAAAGAGUCGCAUGGGCGAUCUAUUUUACCGCCUUGUAUCCCAAAAGUUCGAAGACCCCGCAGAAGGCGAAGACGUCCUAAUCGCAAAAUUCCAGAAGUUGUACGACGACCUCACCACCGGGUUCCGCAACCUAGAAGACGAGGCUAGGUAAAAAAGAGAAAGAGGAAACAUUGUGUAUGGCCACCGUGUAAACAAUAAGGAGCACCAAAUGCUGUGAACGACUUGCGAGCAAUUUGCUUUUGCUUCACCGGAGUUUGUGUAGAUGCGAAUUACGUUUCAGGAUCCCCUCCCCCCUUUUUUUUGCGACAGACAGACAGACUUGUUUUUCCAGGAUUUUUACAUUGUUUGGUCUCCAGCGCCAGGAUGCACGCCAUUAUUUUUUCACCAUGUGUACCAUUAUUUGUUGUAUAAGAAGAUUGAACACCGGUGGACAUGUUCAUAGAGGAAUAAGCACGAUGUCCAUCUACUCGAACAUCAAUAAUGUCUAUAUUUAUAUCUAUUAUUUGCCAUUA